AUGGGUGGUUCUGAUCGGAUGGAUAAAAACAUUGGUCAACACAGGAUUCAAAUCAGAAACAGGAAAUGGUACUGGUCGCUAUUUACAUGGCUUCUUGAUGUUGCAGUCAACAAUGUAUGGUGUUUAUAUAGAAAAGCGAACAAAUCUCAAAUCCCUCAAAUAAACUUUCGAAGGACCGUCGUACAAGUUUAUCUGAAGAAGUACUCACUAGCACCUAAAGGCGGUGGAAGACUUGCAUCGCCAUCUUCCUCUGUUCAAGCGGUGGUUGAUGACGUUAGAUAUGAUAGAAUGGAUCACCUUGUGGAAAAAAUUCCUAACGACAAAAGAAGACGUUGUGCCGGGAACCUUUGCAAGAGCUCAAGGAGGACUCAAUGUAAAAGAUUAACAAAAAUACCCACGACUUACAAAAGGAAAAAUGAAGAGAGAGCUAAAUGGAGUGCCGGUUCUUUAAGAAAUGGAAUUGAAUGUGUACAAAAUCGUACAGUGGAUGUAAAUGAAGCCGCCAGACAAUUUGGAAUACCUAAAACAACGCUAAAAGAUAGGAUUAAGAAGGGGGACGCAAUAAAACAACACAGAUUAGAUUCGGAGAGCGAAAGUCCAGUAUUGCAGGAAAGUGAUACAUCAGCAGAUGAAUGCGACGAAAGCGAAUGCGUAGGAUGUGGGGAAAAUUAUUUUAAAACCACUAAGAAUGACGAAUGGCUCAAAUGUCAUACAGGAGUAGGAAUAGGAGGGAUAGCAGAGUUUUUCAAGAAGCUUGCUGCAAGGAAGGCAUGGUGGGGUAACAAUAGCAUCUUAACAAAAGUCUCCGAAAGAACAACAUUUCGGAUAAUCAAUACAAAAGCUUCAACAGACAGAGAAGAACAUCCGAUGACUAGUAGUGGUACGAGGGGAAAGAAGAAAAUCGUUCUAGAUAAGGAUACCAAAUAUGCUGUUUGCAGACAUAUUUUUUUUUAUGCCUACCACAUGACAAUGGCAGCUAAAACUGAAAAGGACGGCAGUACUCCGGAAGCAUCUAUGAAGGAUCCAAGAGGUUUCAAAAGAAGUAGAAAAGUUAAAUAA